UAGAUGACCCUUUGCUGACCUGUCUAAACUAAGCUGGUUAUACAAUGAGUUGAAAUUUUAUAAAGGUAAUAUCAAUCACUGUCACCAUGUCGUUUGAUUUUAAAGGUAAGAAGUAUCUUGUAACGGGUGCUGGCCAAGGCAUUGGACGUGGAAUUGCAAAAUCGCUUGCUGAACUUGGAGGGACUGUGUAUGCACUUAGUCGAUCUAAAGAACCGCUAGAUAGUUUAGUAACGGAAAAUCCUGCUAUACAUCCAAUUGUUGCGGACAUUGGAAACUGGGACGAAAUACGGGAUAAAUUAGCAAAUAUGGAAACAUUAGACGGGCUAGUUAACAACGCAGCUGUUGUUCCUGUUGAAACGUGUUCUGGAUUGGAUUGGAGUAGAGAUUAUCUCGAGAAAGCAUUUAGUACGAAUGUUCUUGGAGCGAUCAACGUAAUUCAAAUUGCCGGGAAGAAAAUGGUUAAAGCAAAACGACCAGGAUCUAUUGUGAAUGUGUCAAGUGUCACCUCGCUACAGGCACUUCCGGGUAAAUUGCCGUACUGUGUUUCGAAAGCUGCUCUGGAUAUGGUCACAAAGCAGUUUGCUGUGGAGCUUGGAAGAAGCAACAUUCGGGUCAAUUCCGUAAAUCCUACCCUGGUUACCACACAGAAAGUGCAGAAAGGAAUAGAAGCGGGCUCCCCAUUCUGCAAACUUUUUACAUCGAAAACGCCAAUGAAGCGUGUAGCGGAAGUAAAUGAAGUUGUCUCCCCUGUACUAUAUUUACUCAGUGACAUGUCGUCAAUGGUAUCAGGUACGUGUCAAGUCAUUGAUGGGGGAGCAGUUGCGGCGUUCAGUAUGAUUGAUUGAAAUAUCAGCUAAUCUUAAUUACGAGUGCAUGAUUCCAAGUCCUUGCCGGUAAUAUUUCAUAGUAAUCUAUUAUAUCAACCGCAUUGUGCAUGCAUAAGCUAUCGUAUGCGAUACGAAAAACAGUUGGGGCACCCACAGCCUAUGGACACAUUUCUUGUUAAAAGUAUCAUGAUGUAAGCCUCUUAAUUUAUGUUCUGUGUGUAUUUCUAUUUGUAAAUCAUAAUAAAUGAUGUACAGUCAUUCCACUUCACAAUCUCUCUUUUCUGUCUCUUUUUAAAUAAUAAUCUGUUCUUGAAAAAAAUUGACUAACUUCUCCACAUGAACAAGAGGCAUUCAAAACAUUUGCACGUGUAAACUACUUUUUCUAUGUUCAUUUCAUUAUCAUCAUCCAAGUGUUCCCCUAGAUAACCUGAAACAAUGGAGCAUAUAACUGACAUUCUGCAGAAACUUAAGUUAUAUGAAGAUUUUAAGUAAUGAAAUAGGCGUUUUGCUUUGCAAAUUAUGACUAAAUUUAAGAAUUUAUCACAAUUUUUACUGUCAUCCCGUUUCUAACAAAGUACUAGUAAAGCAAUGGAUAUUUUUUGUAUAUUGUUAUCAAUUAUAUACAUACAAUGUGUAUAGUUUCUGUGGUUAACAAGAUAAAGGCAGUAUAUUUCAUCCACUUUGGCAAUAGCCUUUAAUUUGGUAUCUUGAAUACUUUCCUGGUACAUAUAAAAAUGCUACUUUAAAGAUAAACUCACCUACUUACAUGGAAGACAAACAGUGUGACACUACAGUCGCCAUUGUCAUGCAAUGCACGUUCAUUAUUUUUAACCAGUUAAAUGUAAAAUAAACCCAGAUCAGCGUUCUUGAAUUCUUUUAUUGUUUAUAUAUAUAUUUUAUAAUUUAUGAACAUUAAUAACUAUAUUCUUAAAAGACAUUCUUGGUUUUAACUGUAGCAAUUCCACGAAAUAAAAUUCAUGCAAAAUUCCA